AUAACAUUCCACCAUGAGGUCACUAGGUAAUCUGACUGCAGGAAAGCAGUAGCUACACAGCGAUGUUAUUGGAAACACAAGGCUUUUCUGGUAAACAGGUUAAACUGGGUUUCUGAUGAUGCUGACAUGGGGUCAGAGCUACUAAACUUUAACAGAAAUGAUGGAGUCCUAAAUUAAUCAGUAACAAAAAUGACACAAAGUUUCCUGACAUUGGGGAGGUGAAUAAACGGUUCCCAAGGUUUCAUUCUCAACACAAAGGAAACUCUCACUGACUUGACAUGUUCUGGUUUUGAAUUCAGGCUGCAAGGGGUCAUUGCUCGAAAAUGAGUCUCUCUGGGGAGAGAGAGGAGGGCGGCCAUGCCUCUAAAAUGAGUCUCUCUGGGGAACAUGACACCAAAGCUAAGAGACCAAUCAAGCAGGAGAGACCAGCCUCCCCUGUACCCAGCUGUGUGUCCAUGAAGAGUGACAAGUCUAUGGAACUUCCUAUAUUCUUUAGAGAGGGAGACUUUUCUACUGAACAAAAGGGUCAUUGCUCGAAAAUGAGUCUCUCUGGGGAACAUGACACCAAAGCUAAGAGGGGUCAGUGCUCUAAAAUGAGUCUCUCUGGGGAGAGAGAGGAGGGGGGCCCUGCCUCUAAAAUGAGUCUCUCUGGGGAGAGAGAGGAGGGGGGCCCUGCCUCUAAAAUUCAUCUCUCUGAGGGACAUGACACCAAAGAUAAGAGACCAAUCAAGCAGGAGAGACCAGCCUCCCCUGUUCCCAGCUGUGUGUCCAUGAAGAGUGACCGGUCUAUGGAUCCUCCUCUAUACUUUAGAGAGGGAGACUUUUCUACUGAACAAAGAAACCAACAGGAGAGAUCAGAGUCAGAGAUUCUCAGUGGUCAGUCUUCCCAGAGUCAUCAAACAGACCUGGACUCCAUAUUCAGUAUGCUUGAAGAGAAUAUGAUGACAUUUGUGAAGAACGAGCUGAAGAUGUUCAAGAGGAUUCUUAGUCCAGAACUCCCAGAAGGCUUUGAGAGUCAGAAACAGGAUAAGGAAGUGGUGGAUGCUGAAGAUGAGCAGCAGGAGAGCAGUGCCAGAGAGGGGGCUCUGAAGAUCACACUGCACAUCCUGAGGAAAAUGAACCAGAAGGAGCUUGCUGACACACUGGAGAAAUAUUCAGAUGAGCUUGCUGUGAUUUGCCAACGUGAACUCAAAUCUAAUCUAAAGAAGAAGUUUCAAUGUGUAUUUGAGGGGAUCGCUAAACAAGGAAACCCAACACUUCUCAAUAAGAUCUACACAGAGCUCUACAUCACAGAGGGUGGAACAGGAGAGGUCAAUAAUGAACAUGAGCUGAGACAGAUUGAGACAACAACCAGGAAACAAGCAAGACCAGAGACUGCAAUCAAAUGUAACGACAUCUUCACACCCUUAACUGGACAAGACAAACUUAUCAGAACUGUGCUGACAAAGGGAGUCGCUGGCAUUGGAAAAACAGUCUCUGUGCAGAAGUUCAUUCUGGACUGGGCUGAAGGAAAAGCAAAUCAGGAUGUCCAAUUUGUAUUUUCAUUCCCUUUCCGGGAGCUGAAUUUGAUGAAAAAGGACAAACACACUUUUAUUGAACUUCUCAAUCAGUUCUCAAUGGAAACCAAACAAUCAAGAAUCUCCAUCUACGACAAGUACAAAGUUCUGUUCAUCUUUGAUGGUCUGGAUGAGUGCCGACUGCCCCUAGACUUCCAGAAGAACAAGAUCUGUUGUGACGUCACAGAGUCAACCUCAGUGGAUGUUCUGCUGACAAAUCUCAUCAAGGGAAAUCUGCUUCCCUCUGCUCUCCUCUGGAUAACUACCCGACCUGCAGCAGCCAAUAAGAUCCCUUCAGGGUGUGUUGACCAGGUGACAGAGGUACGAGGGUUCAAUGACCCACAGAAGGAGGAGUACUUCAGGAAGAGAUUCAGGGAUGAGGACCUGGCCAGCAGAAUCAUCUCACACAUAAAGACAUCAAGGAGCCUCCACAUCAUGUGCCACAUUCCAGUCUUCUGUUGGAUUUCUGCAACAGUCCUUGAACACAUGCUGAAACAUAAGAGAGAAGAGAUGCCCAAGACUCUGACUGAGAUGUACACACACCUUGUGGUGUUUCAUACCAAACAGAAGAAUGCAAAGUAUCUUGGGAAAGAAGAGACAGGUCCACACUGGAAUAAAGAGAGCAUUCUGUCACUGGGAAAACUGGCUUUUCAACAGCUUGUGAAGGGCAAUCUGAUUUUCUAUGAAGAAGACCUGAAGGAGGCUGGCAUUGAUGUCAGUGAAGCCUCAGUGUACUCAGGAUUGUGCACACAGCUCUUUAAAGAGGAAUGUGUGCUGUACCAGGACAAGGUGUACUGCUUUGUUCAUCUGAGCAUUCAGGAGUUUCUGGCUGCUGUAUAUGUGUUCCUCUCAUUCAUCAACAACAAUCAGAAUCUAAUGGACAAACUGCAAACAAAGUCCAGUGUCUUUUCUUCACUGUUCAGAGAGAAGCCUAAAGUUACUGAAGUUACUUUCUACAAGAGUGCUGUGGAUAAAGCCUUACAAAGUGAGACAGGAAACAUGGACCUUUUCCUCCGCUUCCUUCUGGGCCUCUCACUGGAGUCCAAUCAGAAGCACUUACGAGGUCUACUGACAAAGACAAGAAGCAGCUCACAGAGCCAUGAAGAAACAGUCAAGUACAUCAAGGAGAAGAUCAGGGAGAAUCCCUCUCCAGAGAGGAGCAUCAAUCUGUUCCACUGUCUGAAUGAACUGAAUGACCAUUCUCUAGUAGAGGAGAUCCAAAGAUACCUGAGAUCAGGAAGUCUCUCAAAACCCAACCUGUCACCUGCACAGUGGUCAGCUCUGGUCUUUGUGUUGCUGACUUCAGAAAAGGAGCUGGAUGUGUUUGACCUGAAGAAAUACUCCAGAUCAGAGGAAGGUCUUCUGAGGCUGCUGCCAGUGGUCAAAGCCUCCAGAGCUGUUCUGCUGUCAGGCUGUGGAGUCACAGAGGAAGGCUGUGCUUCUCUGGUCUCAGCUCUGAGGUCAAACCCCUCACACCUGAGAGAGCUGGAUCUGAGUAACAAUGACCUGAAGGAUUCAGGAGUGAAGCUGCUCUCUGCUGGACUGGGGAAUCCCCACUGUAAACUGGAGACUCUGAGGCUGUCAGGCUGUCUAGUCACAGAGGAAGGCUGUGCUUCUCUGGUCUCAGCUCUGAGGUCAAACCCCUCACACCUGAGAGAGCUGGACCUGAGCUACAAUCACCCAGGAGACUCAGGAGUCAGACUGCUCUCUGCUGGACUGGAGGAUCCACACUGCAGACUGGAGAAACUCAACCUGUCAGGCUGUGGAGUCACAGAGGAAGGCUGUGCUUCUCUGGUCUCAGCUCUGAGGUCAAACCCCUCACACCUGAGAGAGCUGGAUCUGAGUAACAAUGACCUGAAGGAUUCAGGAGUGAAGCUGCUCUCUGCUGGACUGGGGAAUCCCCACUGUAAACUGGAGACUCUGAGACUCACUGUCUGUAAACUCACAGACACAUCCUGUGAAGUGUUGGCCUCAGUUCUCAGUUCAAACCCCUCACACCUGAGAGAGCUGGACCUGAGUAACAAUGACCUGAAGGAUUCAGGAGUGAAGCUGCUCUCUGCUGGACUGGGGAAUCCCCACUGUAAACUGGAGACUCUGAGGCUGUCAGGCUGUAGAGUCACAGAGGAAGGCUGUGCUUCUCUGGUCUCAGCACUGAGGUCAAACCCCUCACACCUGAGAGAGCUGGACCUGAGCUACAAUCACCCAGGAGACUCAGGAGUGAAGCUGCUCUCUGCUGGACUGGAGGAUCCACACUGCAGACUGGAGAAACUCAAUGUGGAACAUGGUGGAGAGAACAGAAUGAAACCUGGACUUAGAAAAUGUGAGUGUUGACUGCUGUGAAGAAUAUGACUAAGAAUAAGUCUUAACUCAAGUUAAGUCAAAGUCAAAGACCACCAUCAUUUUACAUUUUACAUUUAAGUCAUUUAGCAGACGCUCUUAUCCAGAGCGACUUACAAAUUAGUGCAUUCACCUUAUGACCUCCAG